UAGACUAAAAAUAAAAAAUGCUGCCCACAAAAGUCAAAGCAAAAGAAAAAGAAAAAAACGAAGCUAGUAUCACAAAUUGUAUAAAUUGACAAACCCUUUUUUUUUUUAUUCUCUUUUUCUAAACUUGUCUCGUUUUCUCCAAGACACAUCAAGCCGCAAACCUUGAUAACUAAAAAGCUUCCUCCUCUCUCUCUUUUUGUUUCCUCUUUCUCGCUGUCAAAAUCUUCCGGAAACACGAGAGACUCUUUGUUCAAGAAAACUUUCUCUGCCAAUAUCCUCAAAAUCAAUUUGAUUGAACGAGUCACACCAAUCAAAUCCAGGCUCGUUUCUCAAAACCCACCUUCUCCUUUUCUUCUCUCACCGCCGCAAAGUACUAUUCACCUUUUCAAACUUCUCCUCAAAAACUCUCUGUUUCUUCUUUCUCUCUGUGUCUAAGGACGAUGAAAGAGUAUUGGACAUCUUUGGCUUCUUUACUCGGCGUUCUAGCCUUUUGUCAAAGCCUAAUGAAUUCAGUAUUCCCACCGGAGCUCCGUUUCGCCUUCUUGAAACUAUUCAACAGAAUCUUUAAACUCUUCUCCACCUUCUGUUACUUCGACAUCACCGAGAUUGACGGCGUCAACACCAACGAGCUCUACAAUGCCGUCCAGCUCUACCUCAGCUCCUCCGUCUCCAUCGCCGGAAACCGUCUCAGCCUCACACGCGCCGUCAACUCUUCCUCCAUCACCUUCGGCCUCUCCAACAACGACUCCAUCGUCGACACAUACAACUCCGUCACCGUCGUAUGGGAACACAUCGUUACACAGAGACAAACUCAAACCUUCGCUUGGAGACCAAUGCCGGAAGAGAAACGCGGCUUCACACUCCGGAUCAAGAAGAAAGACAAAAACUUGAUCCUCGAUUCUUACUUGGAAUACAUCAUGGAGAGAGCUGACGAGAUUCGCCGGAUGAAUCAAGAUCGCCUUCUUUACACGAAUUCGCGAGGUGGGUCUGUCGACUCGAGGGGUCUUCCUUGGGAAUCUGUUCCCUUUAAGCACCCGAGUACCUUCGAUACACUCGCCAUGGAUCCGGUUAAGAAGCAAGAGAUCAUGGAGGAUCUCACAGAUUUCGCAAAGUGUCAAUCUUUUUACCAGAAGACAGGUCGCGCUUGGAAAAGAGGAUACUUGCUUUACGGACCACCCGGAACAGGGAAAUCGAGUAUGAUCGCCGCCAUGGCUAACUAUCUCCGGUACGACAUCUACGAUCUCGAGCUCACGGAGGUCAAAAGCAAUUCAGAACUGAGGAAGCUCCUGAUGAAGACCAGCUCCAAGUCGAUAAUUGUGAUCGAGGACAUUGAUUGUUCCAUCAAUUUAACGAAUCGGAACAAGAAACAGAGCAAUGGGAGCUACAACGAAACAGAGGCGUUAACCGGGUCCGGUUUAAACGAGGAUUCCGGUAAUGGGGACACGAUAACGCUUUCAGGUUUGCUGAACUUCACUGAUGGGCUUUGGUCUUGCUGUGGCAGCGAGAGGAUCUUUGUGUUCACGACGAAUCACGUUGAUAAGCUUGAUCCUGCAUUGCUAAGAAGUGGAAGAAUGGAUAUGCAUGUGCACAUGAGUUACUGUACGUUUCCUUCUGUCAAGAUCUUGCUGAGGAAUUACUUGGGAUACGAGGAAGGAGAUUUAAGCGACGGCGUUUUGAAGGAGCUGGAGGAAGUGGUGGAUAAGGCUGAGAUUACGCCGGCUGAUGUAAGCGAGGCUCUGAUUAAGAACAGGAGGGAUAAAAAGAGAGCUGUGAAAGAACUGUUGGAGGAUUUGAGAAGUAGAGCGGAGAGAAAUCAGAAGAAUGGUGGGAGACAGAGGGAUCAAAAUGGGAGCUCGGAAGAGCAAGAGAAGAUGGCUUUGGAUAGUCCUUAUGCAGAAGUGAACGGAGGAGAAGAAGAAGAAGAGAUUGAGGAUAUCAUUUGCAAAAGUAGUGAUGAUUAUUAAGUGUUUAUUUUUUUGUUUCGUUGUUCUUAAUUAGGUUUUCAACACUUCUAUGUUUACACACAAUGUGAAAGUUGGUUGAUCAUUUCUUAUUUUU